AGACUUCAUGUUUCAAGUCCGCGGAAGCAUUCUCAUGUACGAGAAAAAGCAGUGACUGUCUCCACUAAGUCUCUGCUCCUUUGUUCGUCUCUCCAGACUAGAGAUCGAGAUCGAGCAUGGGGUGCUUCCUCGAUGUGUUGCGCUGCAUCUUCUGCUGCAGAGAUGACGACGACGCUUUCGAUCGAUUAAACGUGAGUAGGUGGAGCAGCAGCAGCACCAACCACUGGGGAAACUACCAUCGCGUCGAGGAUUUUCCGAUACGAUCGCCGUUGCUAUCUAGAAAUUCCUCAUCGUCGGUGUCGUAUCCUUCAACUACCACCUUACUGUAUCCGUGCAAGCCUUCAGUGACUUCUCCGCCGUUAAAUGCUUCUGUUUCUCCGUCCCCCUCUUUGCUAUCUAGGUUUUCCACCGCCUCCGGUCCUCUCCCAUCGAAGCAGCCUAACGAUUCUGCCCCAAAAGUUUCUUCCGGAGCUUCCCGAUCUUCUUCUUCCCCACCGAAAUCGAAGACUUUGCCUUUCAGUCCACUGUCUUCAUCUCGCCCAUCGGAAUCGAAGACUUUACCUUUCAGUUCACAGUUCCAACAGGCUGAUGCCAGUUGGAGAUCGCCGGGAACAACCACGAGCAAGCAAAAGCACACGCCUGACGCAAGAGACGGAAAUCCUGAACUGAAUGGGAAGAUUUCUGCCAAGGUGCCUGAUUCCACUCACAUUUGGGUUACGCAUCAGGCCACGACGAAGCCCUCUAAACCCUCCUUAAAUGCUUCUGCUUCUCCCUUGACCUCUUCAGUCUCAUCCAAACAUCCUGCCUCAUCAUCGCAUGGGCCUUCCACUCUAGUCUGGAAAAAGCGUCAAUCGACCUCGAAUUACCAUGACAAAUCUUCGCUUUUGUCAUCGACUACUCUUCCAUCAAAUACCUCCAACUUCACAGAUACGUUUGAAUCUUCUUUCCAAAAGCAACAGACACGGAAACCUGAGAUUAGUCGUCAUGAUUUUACUCUGAUAUUUAAGGACUACUCUUCCGACUCUUCAUCAUCUACUACUCCCCACUCAUCCGAGGCUUCUCCAUUUUCCAAAAAACGUACACUUGCUGAAAGAUACGAGAUCCCUGAGGAUAUCGAGGAGCUGAUCAAGAUCGAUAUGUUGCCUGCAAUGAUGCCAUUAAACCCACACGGUUAUGCUGAUUAUUUCCGUAUUUUGCUUUACGCAGAAGAUUAUGAACUCGAGAAAUGGAGCGAAUAUUUACUGGAAGGAGUUACUCUCGAGUUGCGAGAAAAGAAAGACUCUAAAAUUCAUAAUUUGAGAGAGACUUCUAAGACAAAAAACCGUCGGAAUGAUCAACACUCUUUUGUAGCAUUCGAGAUUGAAGCUGUUCGUGAAAGACCUUAUCUUUUAUCAAGAGAUUUUGUCUUUGUGCAGCCCUCAGACCAGAUAUCUGCUGAACGUUUCAAGGGAGUCAUUGUUUGUGUGGUAAAGAGCAGAACUGUUUUAGUAGAGUUUGGACGCGAUUUUCACAAACAACAUUCAUCAACGAAAAAGUAUAAUGUUAGCUUCUCCUUCAAUAGAGUUUGCUUGAAAAGAUCUCAUAUUGCAAUCUCAGCUGCAACAAAUCCUUUGCUGUGUAAGAUCCUCUUCCCAAAUCCCAAAGGCAUUACUGAUUAUGCAAGCUCAGAUGGGAACAUGGUUUCUCCAACCAUCCAGUCUUCCAUUAAGCAUUAUCAUGUAAUUCGAAGAAUCCUAAACUGUAAAGGUCUUGUCCCCUAUCUCAUAGAAGGACCCCUCGCCUACGAGUUUGGAGAACUCACUGCCACUGGGAAAUUUAUUCAAGAAGCAGUCAUCCAAAUACAUAGGAAUGUUGUUAGCUCCAAAAUACUAAUAUGCACUCCGAGGAACAUGACGUGCGAUGCAUUGAUGAGGAGUUUACUCGACGAGAUUCCAAAGACCAAGUUGUUCCGAGCUAAUGCUACCUUCCGAGACAUGGAACUUGUGCCAGAUGACAUUAUGCCAACAUGCCUGUUUAAAGGGGAGUGCUUCACUUGUCCUCCUGUUGAUAGGCUCAGAGAAUUCAACAUUGUUUCUUCCACCUACAUGAGUAGUUUCAGACUUCACAAUGCGGGAAUUGAAGCCAACCAUUUUAGUCACAUUUUCUUGGUGGAUGCAUCUUCUUCGAUGGAGCCUGAAGCGAUUGUGGCUCUUGCAAAUCUAGUUUGUGAGAAGACUGUCAUCGUAAUUACAGGCUCGAUGAAUGAUUUUCCACGUUGGGUGAGAUCAGAAAUUGGGAGGAGAAGGAAUGGACUGAGGAGAUCAUUGUUCCAUAGGCUUAUGGAGAUUGAACCCUACUCUUCUAUAGAUUCUAAGCAUGCAGCCAGUAUUAGAUCUGGCUAGCAGAAUGUAUAUAGUAAAAUUAUAGUGUCAUUUCAUAUAUAAAAUAAGUUGUAUGUGUAUAUUGAUCCUCAGAUGAGAACUGAAACUAUGUCAUGGCAUAAUCACGACAAUUGUACAUGUUUUUGCACACUAUAAGCAAACCUCAAGACAAGUCUUCCAUUGAGGUUGUUUUUUCUUUA